AUGGAGUCGUCCGGUCUGCUAGUGUACUUGCUGCGUGAUCGCAGCCAGCCUCUUCCCGAAGAAAGUGUAUUGGACGAGACCUCUAGACAUGUGCUGGAGCUGAUCAGGACGAGGAGCCCAGAUGCUUUGCGGGUUGUUCCGGUGGCUGCAGGACACUUAAGCCUGGCAGUCUGUAAAGACAUCGAGAAGACGCUGCUGGCCCCCUAUCCUCCAGGACCGCCUGUCUUUGGUGAGCAGCUGCACUGGGGCUGUCUGCUCCACCGGUUGGUAGCCAUCGCACGUGCAAGCUUCGGCGAGGGCUGGCCCAGGCAUGUGCUCAUCGCUGCCGCAUCCGCUGUCCAGUCGCAGGAUCUCUUCCAACUUCAGUCAACAGCUCAAACAUGGCUGGCAGUUGUGUCUACAGACACGCACUGGGCUCUUGCAUGCGGGUCGCGAGGACAGGAGCUUGUUCGUCUGUACGACGGGCUGCAGUGUCACGAGAUCCGCAACCUGUCGACUGCCCUUGUUGUGCAUGUAGAUCAAGUCUGGGGCACCAAGCAGAGGGUGGAGGCUGCUGGCUGUCUGCCGCAGAAAGAUAGCUGGUCCUGUGGGCAUCGGCUUCUCUUGAUAGCAGCGUCCUUACUUUCUCAGGUCCAGUCCGGAGAAGCAUGGGAGGAUGUGAAGGUUCCAUUCUCAUGUUGCACUGCAAAGGCCAUUCGAGAGUUGUGCAACACUGCUGAUUCGGAGGAACCCACAACCCCGAAAGCCAAGCGGCCAAAGCGCGAGAUGGAUGCAGUGUCCAGCCCGCCAACAGUUGCCAAACGCCCCGCACCUUCGAGGCUCCAGUCAGACGACAACGAUGACGGGGAGGAGGAGGAACCUUUGUAUGUCGGCAGCAAGCGGGCCAAAAGCGAGCAGGAUUCGCUGGUCGCCGUGAAGCAGGAGAAGGUGGAUCAGGAAGGGCAAGAGGCCAUGGCACUUGCCGAGGCGCCUGCCUCAGCAAGUCGAGUGACAUCCAGAGCGACGAAGAAGAAGGCGGAUAAGUCCAAGGGCCUGGAGCUCGUGACUGCCAGGGGCAUCAAGCAUAGCCACUUUGUGUCCGUGCACAACAAGAACAAGGAUGCGCUUGGCAAGGAUCACUGGACGGACUUCCUCGUCUGCAUAGCACGAAAGGGCUGCAUGACAUGCACCAGCUGCAAGCAGCUACGGUCCUCGGUCACAGUGUCCCAGCCGCUGGCUUUGGUGCCAGUGCCGGAGGUAGAAGCCGACGAGCCCGUCCUCCACACGAAACUUGUUCGACCAGGCAAGGGCAAGAAGGCUGCCACAUUGGCCAGCUACCUCGAGAAGGAGCGGGAGGGCGUGUAUACCCAUGUGUCUGAUGGCUGUCUGUGGUGGUGCACGGUCUGCGAGUGCGAGGUUGCAUGCCGACGGGACACACUGAGUGGGCGGCACAAGAUCUGGACACGCGAAAAGUCUGACAGGCACCAGAAGGCCCUCCGGAGCAAGGACACCGGCGAGGUGGUGAGCAAGACCCCUCCGCUCAUCUCUCGUGUGCAGCUUGCCUGGAAAGGCGAAGAUCUCAUUAUGCGGCAUGAGGCAUGCUCUGGCAAGCGUGCCGAUGGAAAGACAGGCCUCUGCAAGGAAUGCCUGAGCAUGGCACGGUCCAAGCAGCUCCUGAACGACAUCGUCAGCUGGGUGGUGAAGGUGGACCUGGCUCGCUAUGCGAGGUGUCUCUGUCACGGGCUGGAGGAGGAGCAUCGCAACUUCGUGGAGUACCUGAUGUCUCGGGAUUACUACAAUUCCAGUGCGUGUGCGAAGGCUGAGAUCGAUGCCGUGCUUGCGGCAAGCUCACCCUUGGCAAAGCUCCAGGUCCUGAAGCGAAAACUCGAUUCGAUACCGCACGCGAAGCGGACGCAGGGUCUGCAGAUGUGGUUGGACCAGGCACUCGAAGGCCUCCAGCUCCAAGGGGGGGAAGAAUCCGAAAAGAGAGCAUACAAAGCUCUCUGUAGCUCCUUCUGUGAAUCUGUAGCGGCAAAGGUAGCAUCUGGCGGGCUCGAUGCCAACAGAGUCGUCAAGUGCCUGCUGUACUCCUUCCUCGACCAGCAGUCUCGCAUCGAUCGAGGCAAGGAGGAUCGGCUCUGUACGUCCAAGUACUUGGACGACGAAACACUCCAGGAGGUAUGGUUCCGGCUGGGUGUGGGAAGUCAGACCCCUGCAAUCCUCCGCCUUUUCGGUGCGAACCCGCGAGCUGUGCCCAAAGUGGACUUCCUGAAGGACUGUUUGCCGCAGUUCUACCUGGCCUUCCUGGACAACUCCAAGCUUCAGAAGAACUGUGCCAACUGUCUGGAUCUUCUUAGCUGCAGCGGGGCCCGGGACUUCUUUCUCGCCAUUGACGAGUCCAACUACAAGCCGACCUACCAGGUCGUCGGGGGUCUCCUGAAGGAUGCGCCGAGGACCAUUGUUGGGGGGCACUACUGUGCGACGGAUGACUGGAGCCAGCUGCAGAAGGCCGAGCAGCUGCCUGAGGCCAAGCAGUCCCACCUGGGUCUCUUCUGCAUCCUGGCACGGAGUGACACGCUGAAGCAUGCCUACUGUGUCAACGUGACACCGAUGCCUCACGGCAGCUCAGGCAAGUCCCACCAAGAACUCCAGGACACAGAGUUUUUCAGCCGAUGCAGUACGGUCAAGUUGGACAUCCAUCGGCUGCUGCCUUUCGGGCGCUUGGUCUUCCAGAAGGACCGGACCAAGCACACCAUCUUCGGCUCCCUCGACCUCUGCCACUUGAUGAAAAGGAUGGCCCACCAUUGCUUCAGCGGCUCACGUAUUGUACACUUCGACGAGUGGUUGGUGGACUACAGCAACUGUUUGCAGUUGGGAAUGCCGGUCAAAGCCUUCAUCUUCAGCGACACACAGUCAGACAAGCAGGCCUUCCUUCGGCUCAGCCCUACCUACACUUCCACAUGCUGGAACAGCUUCGGCCUCCACACCGCCCAGUACAUCUCCGCUUUGGUGUCAAGUGGCUGGGAGGGGGCCACUGGGCUCUCCACUCGGCAGCGCUUCGGGAACCUGGCAUCUGCGUACAUUUUACUCCUCUGCAACCUCAUGCUCGCAAAGUGUAAUUGGGGCACCGACUGGGAGAUGAAGUACCUCCCCUUGUGCACGGUGCGCAACUUAUGCUACGGGUGCGCCCUGGGCAUGUCCCUCUGUGUCUUUUGCGAAUCUGCAGUGCGGCCUUGUGCCUUCGCUGAGAAGGUGGCCGAACAAUUCUUUAGCCGCAUGAAGGCAGGGUACCGGGGAACGGCUUCACUGGCCGACUGUCUACUUGGGAUCCAGAAGGAGCAUCUCAAAUUGUCAGGGUUGUCGCUUGAGGUUCCGGAGGAGUCGUCGAUGCCGCUUGACUUGCCAACGGCCAACAAGUUGUUUGAGAGAAGCUUCAAAGAGGCGAUUCGGUUCCAAACCUGGGUGUCGCGCAACAGGAAGCCGGAUGAAUUGGAGAAGCAGUUCCUCCUGUGGUUCCAGUCCGAGGGUCAGGCUUUGCUGACUAAGGGACGGGCCGAGGAUGACGAUCUUGACAAGGAGGGUGAGGAUGAAGAUGAUUUGCCCGGUGCCGAGUGCGAUGAUCUGGAGGGCGAUGGGGUGCCCGACGAGGCUAUGGCUCUGCUGCAGGAUGUCGAGGACCACAUCAUUGCCAAGGCCCAGCUGGAGGAUUUGGCUUCCAGCUCGGCUGUGGAGGCCGAGCAUGCCGAGGAUGGCGAGGAGGGCACCGAUGACGAGGAGAUCGGCCCUGACGUUUCUGUGGUAUCGCCAGCUGGUGACAAGGACCAGCACACUCAGGAGUGCAAGCUGACCUUGCAUGGCCUGGUCAUGCUGUGUGACGACAUCGAGACGUUUUCCAUGGAGACCAAGGAGGCCACCCAAGCCGAGAUGUGCCUGCAGCGGCAACAACAGUUGCAGCCUCUGAUGCGGGCACUUGUUCUCAAAUGCCGGGAACGUGAGGGUUACAUCUCCAAAGCUCAGCUCCGCGGGGGAGUCAAGCUGCAGAGCAGCUACCACAGGCUGCAGCACGAGCUUGCUCUGGCUCGUGCAGCCUGCCAGACUGAAGGCAGCCGCCAAUCUCGAUUAGCGACCUGGCGGACGACGCAGAAGCAUUGCAUCGCUGAGGUUCAGAGCAAGAAGGCUGCCGAUCAAGACAUGCCACUGCUGGACCUGACGCAUUACAAGCCUGCCAAUCAUCCGGAGUAUCAGGUCAUCCUGUUUGUGGACGAGCACAAGAGUUUGCAGAUAGGCAUGGUUUGUUCCGUGUGGCGAGGGGCUGUUUUGAAGAAGCAGGCCCAAGCGGGCAAAACCAGUGCAGUGACUCGCAGGAUGCGUGCGACGAAGCCCGCCACUGGACCGCUGCCAUCGAGUUCAUGUGCGAAGAUCGCGGUGACCCUGCUCACCAAGUGUGCUGAUCAAGCCUUCUUUGCAUGCAGCCUCUCCCCGACGCUGCUCCUGGAUCCUGUCGGCAGGGCCGUCGGCGAGAUCAAGUGCAACUGGUCCAAGUCCAAGCCGGAUCGCUGGUUGGUGCAGCUUGACAAGGCGGCUUUGGAGGCUUGGGAUCACUUGUCUAAGAAUAAGGAGCUGCUGAACAGCAAGCUGCAUGCGGAGCCAAUCAAGGGUGUGUCCAGCACGACGACGGCAGAGAUUGCAGGCCCGUCCAAGAUCUUGAAUUACAACGAUUUCAGCCGAACCUUGUCCGGCACAAAACAGAUCGAGGCGUUCAUGGGGCACCUGCCCCGGCUCUACAAGGAGCAGGCGGAGCUCGAGAUCCUUGACGAGUCCGGGAAGUUCCUGGCCCAUGGGGUGGCUUACAGCUGGGCCGCAAUUUGUAGGCAGGUGCCGGAGUGGUUCGACUUGACCUGCGAGGGGAAAUCAACCAAAGAGUACGGAAAAUCCGUGGUCAGCAAAUUUCUCCGGGUGAUACCAGGUGAGGCAGGCUUCCGAAAGCGACUGGACGACUGGGUCCGAGACAUCGUCAAGCUUGCCCAGCCUGUGCCGGGCGCAUGGAUCAUCCCGCAUCGUGUUUCUCAGCUGGCUUCACCGAAAACUGUUUGA